AUGUCGAGUCUGCUCGUAGCAUCAGACGACUCCGACGUCCCGGACCUUGACUUACCGCCAGUACGUAGACGUCGUUUUUUCAACAAUAAAUCAAAAACUUCGAGCCCACUAUGCGUGAAUAUUUCUUGGAGCAACUGUCUGUUUCUCAGCAGCUUAGUGCUUUCGGUACUCGUAUUGGCAAUCACAUCAUACAAAUUAACGAAGAAGUUUAAUCAGCUUAAUGAAAACUUAUCGGAAUUGAUUGUUCUGCCAGCCAAAAUAUCCGUAAUCGAGAAAGACAUACAGCGUUUGCAAAUGGAAUUUGACUUAAUGAGGGAAUCCUAUAGCAUUGACACGUCAAAUAGUACGAAGAGAUCAUCUCAGUAUAUCUAUGAUGUGAUGGAGACAUUGAAGGGUGAUAUUACGGAUAUGAAGACAAAAGUAGACAAAAGCUGGUUGACUUCAGAAAGCGUUUCACAACGAAUCUCAACGGUUGAAAAGAGAUGUCUGGCUGUAUGUCAUACAGAUGGUUUAACUUUGAGAGACGGAGAGAAGCAGAGAAGAAGAGAAGCUGAUAAACAAAGAAAGAUUGUAGAUGAAGUUGUUUUCAAAAGAACCGCUUCAUAA